AGGGCGUCUCCAACAGAUGGCUUUGUAGCUUAUAAGCAAUUGCUUCCAGGCAACCUAAUAUACCUAUGUACUUUUAAAUAUAUUUUAGGUUACCCAAAACUCGAAGAGUUGGUACAAAAGGAUCGGGAGUAUUUUUUAGAAAUUUUGAACACCACUCUACCACUGCAGAUUUUGGUAGACAAUAUAAAGAAUGAUAUUUUUUGGAAAAGAUGCUACUACUCCAAAUGGUCGGAUUACGUUGAAGCUAUUGGCGACAAACCAUGGAUUAACAUUUUUAUGGAGAGAUACUGUGCCGAUAUUUUAGAGAGCAUGAACCCCCGAGAGUAUGACCCAGAAAAGGUUCAAGCAUUAAUAAAACUUUGUGGUCCAUACAUAGAGUCGUUAUCGAUACGACGUUUAAUACCAGCCGAUAUAAUUAGUCAAAGAAUAACGUCUCCAGAGAUGGCUGAUUUGAUUACAACUCAAAAGCAAAACCAAAAUAAACUUUAUAAAACAAACGAAGAAGUGUCAAGAGAUCAUAUAUCUCUGCAUGCUGCACUAAGCAAUUUACACAAAUUAGUUGAACUACACAUAACUUAUCAGUUACGGUCAAUUGGAGUUGAAUAUAGACGUGACCAAUUCCAAUUCACAAAUAAUGAUGCAAAAAAUUUAGCUAAAGGACUUCAAAAUUGUAAUUUACUUAAAGUUUUAAGAAUAACAAGAACGGAUAUGAAUUGCCAAAGAGUAAAAUAUAUACUCAGAGGAUUACUAUCAAAUAGUAUACAUUUAGAAACUUUAGACUUUAGUCAUUGCAAAAUUGGGAAUGAGGGAGCAAGUCAUAUCGCCAAGUUUAUGUCCAAACAUGAUAAAUUAAGAAACCUGAUUUUGGCUGAUAAUGUUUUUGGUCCGUCAGGCAUUGAAAUGAUAUCCCAAGUCCUUAAUCAUGCUAGUUGUGGCAUACGAACAUUGGAUUUAAGGCUGAAUAAUAAACUAGGAUCUGAUGGUAUCGCUCAUGUUGCUGUGUCUUUAGCUAGAGGAUGUAACCUUACAUCGCUAAACAUAUCAGGCUGCGGUAUAUCACCAAUUCCUAUACAAAAACCCCCAGCUGGUGUCUGGUCAGCGAUGAAUGCAGCCAACCCUCCAACUUGUGGCGAUUUAUUGGCCCGUGCGAUAGGAUUGGUCAAAACACCACUAAGAUCAUUUGACAUAAGCGUAAAUAAUAUUGGAUCGCCUAGCGAUAUGACUUUAUCAAACGCGAUUUGUUUGAGCUAUCUAAUAGAUAUCAAUCUUAAAAGAUCUGGCAUGAGUCCCGUAGCAAUGGCUAUUGCUGAAUCAGCUUCCGCAGCUCAAAGAUUAAGGCGUGAAGCAGAAAAGGGCAUUCGAUUUAGGAGAAGUGCUGGUAGGGUUGUUCAAGCUAGACGAGUCGUCAAAGGAAUGAAUAUUGAUGCUGAUCCAGUUUUACUCGCGCAACAGCUUUCAGCACGGCCUUCAAUAGUAUCGGUUGCAUCUGAAGAUGGUUUUUAUUAUAACGUACAAACUGAACCAUUGCCCAGAGAAUUCGGCUUUGUUCCUGCUAUCAAGGGUUCUCUCUCACAUUCGCACACUUCAUCGGUAACUGGCCCUCCAACAUCGAGAAGAUCCAGCCAUCAUGUACUGUUCGAAGCUGAUGAGAAACUGGUGAAUAAAUUUGAACGAAGAAAGUCUGACGGGUCAAUUUUACCACAGCAAACUCAACCAAUAAAAAUUUUCAUUUCGCGUGUUAAAGAUAACUGA